AUGAGUGUGGCAGGAAGCUCCGAGGGGCACGAGGGGAUGCAGAGUGGAGCCUGGGACAACCCAGCCUACAGUGGUCCCUCGUCGCCCUCUGGGACCCUGAAGGUCUGCACAGUCUCCAGUGCUGCCCCAGCCCAGCCUGAGAAGGUCCACCAGGCCCCUGUGUCCAGCUGCUGCCUCCAGAUCGGCCGCAGCAUCCGAGGAUUGUGGGGGACCUCCCUUCCUGAGAACACAGCUGAGAACCGGGCGCUCUAUGUCAGGAGCCGGCUGCGGGAGCUACUGGUGUAUGCAGUUUUCCUGUCGGACAUUUGUCUCCUGACCUACGGAAUGACAAGCUCCAGUGCCUACUACUACACCAAAGUGAUGUCCGAGCUCUUCCUACACAGCUCUUCCCACAGUGGAGUCUCCUUCCAUGACAUCAGCAGCAUGGCGGACUUCUGGAAUUUUGCACAGGGCCCAUUACUGGACAGUUUGUACUGGACCAAAUGGUACAACAACCAGAGUCUGGGGCGAGGCCCCCACUCGUUCAUCUACUACGAGAACCUGCUACUGGGGGCGCCCAGGCUGCGGCAGCUGAGGGUCCGCAAUGACUCCUGCAUGGUGCCCGAGGACUUCCGCCAGGACAUCCAGAGCUGCUACGCCAUCUAUGCCCCUGACAAGGAGGAGCAACUGGCCUACGGGCCCCUCAAUGGCACAGCGUGGAUGUACCACUCCCCAGAGGAACUGGGGGGCUCCUCCCACUGGGGUCACCUCACAAGCUACAGUGGCGGUGGCUACUACCUGGACCUUCCCGAAUCCCGACAGGCCAGUGCAGAGGCCCUUCGAGACCUUCAAGAGAACCUGUGGCUGGACAGGGGCACACGAGUGGUCUUCAUCGACUUCUCUGUUUAUAAUGCCAACAUCAAUCUUUUCUGUGUUCUGAGGCUGGUGGUGGAGUUUCCGGCCACAGGCGGGGCCAUUCCAUCAUGGCAGAUCCGCACUGUGAAACUGAUCCGCUAUGUCAGCAGCUGGGACUUCUUUACUGUGAGCUGUGAGAUCUUGUUUUGUAUCUUCAUCUUCUACUAUGUGGUGGAGGAGAUCCUGGAGCUCUAUAUCCACCGACUUCGCUACUUCAGCCGCAUCUGGAACAUACUGGACCUGUUAAUCAUCUUGCUUUCCAUCAUGGCUGUGGGUUUCCACAUAUUUCGAACCCUUGAGGUGAAUCGGCUGAUGGAGAAGCUCAUGCAGCAACCAAACACCUAUGCAGACUUUGAGUUUCUUGCCUUCUGGCAGACUCAAUACAACAACAUGAGUGCAGUCAAUCUCUUCUUUGCCUGGAUCAAGGUAUUCAAAUACAUCAGCUUCAACAAAACCAUGACCCAGCUGUCCUCCACGCUGAUGCGCUGUGCCAAGGACAUCUUGGGCUUUGCAGUCAUGUUCUUCAUAGUUUUUUUUGCCUAUGCCCAACUUGGCUACCUGAUAUUUGGGACCCAAGUGGAAAAUUUUAGCACUUUCAUCAAGUGCAUUUUCACUCAGUUCAGGAUCAUCCUUGGGGACUUUGACUAUAAUGCUAUUGACAAUGCCAACCGCAUCCUGGGACCUGCCUACUUUGUCACCUACGUCUUCUUUGUCUUCUUUGUGCUCUUGAAUAUGUUCCUGGCAAUCAUCAAUGACACUUACUCAGAGGUAAAGGAGGAGUUGGCUGGGCAGAAGGAUGAACUACAGCUUUCUGACCUCCUGAAGCAGGCCUAUAAGAAAGCACGCCUGAGGCUGCAGCUGAGGAAGGAACAGGUGGCAGCUGUGCAGCAGGCUCUUCAGGGUGGAGAACAGGAGACCAGGUGAGAGGAUUUCAUCAACACCUUGAGGGAAGUGGGACAAGCAGAGCAAGAAAUCAUGGAGCUCACAGGUGCCUUCAGCAGGUUGGAGCAGGAUGGGAAUUGUAUUUUGGAUGAGAAGGAGCAGGAACAGAUUCGAAAGGACCUGGAAAGGUGGCAGGUGGCCCUCAAAGCUGAAACUGAGAACCUGGGCCGCUCCAUUGUGAGUAGCCAAGCAGGUGAGUUGGGCCCAGAGGUUUCCAGAGUGAGUGGCUGCAUUUCUGAAGAAGAAUUCUACUCGCUCAUCAGGAGAGUUCUGCAGUUGGAGGCCAUUCUGGAAAAAGUUGUGUCCCAGGUUAAUGCUGUAUGCUCAAGGCUGCAGAUAGUGGACAGAAAGGGGCAGCUGGCUCUGUCUCCAGCCACAAGAGACCAAGGAGAUAUUUUGGAGCACUUCCAAGCACCUCCAGCUGGAUCUGCAGCCUCCUGGGCAGCACUGAGGGAGCAGGAUGGUGGUGGAGGGGUCCUAGAGGGGCAAACGCUUGUCUCCUCGAUCACAACUUCCCCAAAAGCCCCCUCAGCACUUGACUUCCGCUUGCCGCAGCCUUUAGAGCUCGAGGCGGAGGUGGUUUGCAGGGCGAAAGGCUCCAGUGGAGAAGGGCGGGCUGGGGAGCAACUGAGACAAGAGCUCCCUCGCGCAGAACCCGGAAGCCGGAACCAAGGGGGCGGAGAACCCGGGCGGAAAAGGAGCCGGACCGGCGCGCAUGCGCAGUAG